UGUUGUUAUUUUUGAUCAAAAAUGUCUCAACAACAACAACCAUCAGAUGAAUCUACGAAAUCUGAAAACGUUGAAUAUCUAAUCAAUCAAUUGGCCGAUUUGAUUGAUAAAAAAGAUGUGGACAAAAUCACUGAUAUACAACGAAGUUUAUUGAAUCGAUUUGAAAAAUCAAAUCAAAUGCUUGUCUAUUGUAAUGAACUUUCUAAUCAACAUUAUCUUAAAUUAUCUAAAGAUUUUCGUUCACAUACAACAAAAUUGAAUGAAAUGUAUAAAGAUUUGGACAUAGUAUUUCAUCGAAUCCGGAUGAUUAAACAAAAAUUACGAGAAAAAUAUCCUGAUGUUUUGAUUGAAAAACAGGAACAAGAAAAUGUCAUUGAUGAAGAAAAUACGAAUAUCAUAACAGAAACGAUGGAAAAUUUAAUGCUCGAAAAUCAAAUGACAACAAAUGAAGAAUCUUCAAACAUUUCCGAAACGAAUGAUCAAUGUCAAAAGAAUAGCUGAAAAUG